AUGCAAGAGUUAUUGCGUCUAUUGGAGUCGCGCGGGAUACAUUUUCAUCCUGUUGAACAGAGGAUCCUGUGCUUUCCUCACAUCAUCAACAUCUGUGUGAGGCAUAUUCUCAAUGACUACUGGAAAGCCGACUUUUCAGGUGUGGUUGACAGAUGGGUAGUUGAAGGUAAGACCAUCAACAAAGAUACAUAUGUUGAAGCCAUCCAAGGCAAAGCCCUGGAUCAGGUGAGGCUCCUCAUAUGCACCAUCCGUGCAUCAGACAAACAAUGUAAUAGUUUUAGGGUAAUCAUUACCACGGGAAAUGACGAGAAGUGGUUCCAAGAUGACUCAGGUGCAAUCAUCCAACUCCCUGUCGUGCAACUGCUACAUGACGAGCCCACACGUUGGGAUUCAACCUACGUCAUGCUGAACCAUUUACAAACCCUUCGCCAGGCCAUGGAUUUAUUCUGCGACUCCCCCCUUCAAUGCCACAUGAUCAACAAGAAGUUGAGUCUGAUGGAAUGGCUCGUCCUACAGGAUUUCAAAGUGAUUUUGGAGGCGCCGCACACUGCUCAGCAAACGAUGUCCAGCAAAAGCACUCCCAUACUGAGUGGUGCAGUUCCCACUUUCGAGAAAAUGAUCCAGUGCUGGAACUGUGCCUUUAGUUAA